GGAGUCGGCUGGGCCCGUUCGUGGAGUAUACACAUAUAUUUAUAUAUAUUAGAAAAAAACCUCCGCACAACCCGAAAUCAUGCCCUUGUUUCAUAAUAUACUGUAAGCGACAACUCAAGCGGACGCCACGCUCAAGAUGGCGUCGGCGUCCUCCCCACCUCGUGCGGGAGACGCGCGCCGUGCGGGGUGACGUCACCGCGCGCUUCUGGGCAUGGGCAGGUGGGAAGAGCAGGCUAAGUUUGGCCCCUGUUAGGAGGAGGGAAGCGGGAGCAGGAGGCAGGCUGCUGUGCGUGGGAAAACUCAAGGCAGGCUCCGGUCUCCUUCUUCUCCCUCCCCCCUUCUCUCCCCACUCCCCUGCCUUUUGGGGUGGCCAGGCCUGCCAGCCUUCCCUUUUUUCCCUUUUUGCCUGUGCUGGGGGAAGCAGCUGCUGGUGCCAUGGCUGCUGAAGACUCCAGCUCCCUGCCCUGGUCCAUCAACAAGGAUGAUUACGAGCUGCAGGAGGUGAUUGGCAGUGGAGCAACAGCCGUGGUGCAAGCAGCCUAUUGUAGUCCGAAGAAAGAAAAGGUGGCAAUCAAGCGGAUCAACCUUGAGAAAUGCCAGACCAGCAUGGAUGAGCUUCUGAAAGAAAUUCAAGCCAUGAGUCAGUGCCAUCAUCCGAACAUCGUAUCUUACUAUACUUCCUUCGUAGUGAAAGAUGAACUCUGGUUAGUGAUGAAGCUUCUCAGUGGAGGGUCUGUUCUGGAUGUUAUUAAGCACAUUGUGGCAAAAGGAGAACACAAGAGCGGAGUGCUGGAUGAACCCGUGAUAGCCACGAUCCUGAAGGAGGUGCUGGAAGGACUGGAAUACCUGCAUAAAAACGGACAAAUCCACAGGGAUGUGAAAGCUGGAAACAUCCUCCUAGGAGAAGAUGGCUCGGUCCAGAUUGCAGAUUUUGGUGUUAGUGCUUUUUUGGCCACUGGCGGCGACAUCACCCGCAACAAAGUGAGGAAAACCUUCGUGGGCACCCCUUGCUGGAUGGCACCUGAAGUCAUGGAGCAGGUGAGAGGUUAUGAUUUCAAGGCGGACAUCUGGAGUUUUGGAAUCACGGCAAUCGAGUUCGCGACAGGGGCAGCUCCUUACCACAAAUACCCACCCAUGAAGGUCUUAAUGUUGACGCUACAGAACGAUCCGCCCUCGCUGGAGACAGGUGUGCAGGAUAAGGAGAUGCUGAAGAAGUAUGGAAAGUCUUUUAGGAAGAUGAUUUCACUGUGCUUGCAGAAAGACCCCGAGAAAAGACCAACAGCUGCUGAACUUCUAAGGCACAAAUUUUUCCAGAAAGCAAAGAAUAAAGAAUUUUUGCAAGAAAAAAUGCUGCAGAGAGCCCCAACCAUCACGGAAAGAGCCAAAAAGGUCCGAAGAGUCCCUGGCUCCAGCGGGCGCCUCCAUAAGACGGAAGAUGGCGACUGGGAGUGGAGCGACGAUGAGCUCGACGAAGAGAGCGAAGAGGGCAAAGCGGCAAUUUCACAGCUCAGGUCGCCCAGAGUGAAAGAAUCAUCACAAAAUUCCGAGCUCUUUCCGCCAGCGGAGCAGCCGGCAAGCCCUUUGCUCAACGUCCCGGCCCAGCCGCCUCAACUACCUCAGCCUGCAGGACAAGCACCCGCACAAACUUCUCCCGCUGUCCCUGCUCCAACUUCUCAGGCACCUGCAGCAGGAGCUCCUCCACCUGCGCAGGCACCUCCUGCAACAGCCCCAGCGCAAGAGGAAAUGAAAGUCCCCAUCAGCCUCGUUCUAAGGUUAAGGAAUUCAAAGAAAGAACUCAACGACAUUCGAUUCGAGUUCACCCCUGGGAGAGAUACUGCGGAUGGGGUAUCCCAAGAACUCAUCUCGGCUGGGCUUGUCGAUGGCAGAGACUUAGUAAUAGUUGCUGCCAACUUACAAAAAAUUGUGGAAGAGCCCCAGACGAAUCGAUCUGUCACUUUCAAACUGGCAUCUGGCGUCGAAGGCUCCGAUAUCCCCGACGACAGCAAGCUAAUUGGGUUUGCCCAGCUCAGCAUUAACUAAAACGACACUCCCAGACGAUGGUCUCUCCCCCUCCUCACUCAACGGGUGCAGCCUUGAACGCUUCUGUCAGCCUGAAAAGCAAAACCACUACUGCCAAAGAACCAAACUACAGCUCCCUUUCUUAGAAGCUUUAACCUCGUUUGUUUCCUGAGUCGCAUCGCGGCGCCUCCUCGCCGACACCACCGUUGCAGACAGCUGGCUUCUCGGCCACGUUUCCUUCAUCCCAGAUGUGCAGACCAAGCCUUCCAUUGCCUGCAUGUUUGUAGUUUUUUAUGAUUAUUAUUAUUAUUGCCUUAACUAUUUAAAGUACAAAAAAGAAAGAAAGAAAGAGAAGGAGGAGCCAGAAAUACUACUGAGAGUACGACAUGGGGCUUCCACUACUCUUAACAACUAUCCCGGCGCGAUUCGUGUGCCUGUCCGUUUCUUGAUUCUGUGUCGAAUCAGGUUUUUAUCCCCCCCCCCCCGUGUGGCUGUGUGGUUGUUGCUCCAUUGCAAAAGGGGGGUUGCUUCACUUUUGGGUCCACCUUACCAGGCAUUGUGGGGGGGGGAUACUUAAAAAACUACAGGAAUGGCAAGCUAUUCUAGCAUGUCAGAAAUCCGGAUGGGCUCUUGCAAACCCAACAAAGUCUUAAGAGAGAGUCUUAAGCCUUAGGCUUAGCAAUAAACCAUUAAGGGAUCUUAUUUAAUGGGUCUACGGCACGAAAGAAAUGGAUUAGCCUUAAUUCCUCCUCGCCCCCUUCACAUUAAUGCAAAAUAGAGCAUUUGGGAAGGGGAACUAUCAGGGUAUCGUUUUGUUGCUGCUGCUUUUUUCGUUACUUUUCACCACCCGCAAUCUUGUCAGGCCACUUUCCAACGUGUUUGUCUCUAGAGGAGGGGUGGUGGACCUGUCGUUGCCCUGCCCCCAACCUCCCACCUGUCCUAUCCAGCAUGAGCAACAAUCAGGGGGGUGGAAGUUGUGGUCCAAAAGCACCCAGAGGAGGGGGGCGGGCUUCCCAUCCUUGCUCUAAAGCGCCAAGCCAGAAUUGCGCUGAGUCGAACCUCUGCAUAUUUCUGUUGCCGCCAUGUCCGAAUCACCGUUGUCUGAAAAGCGUUGGCUGCUGGGAAGUUUGGGAAGGCUGGCCUUUGCAAUCCCUGUUUUCCCAUCGGGAGUGGUUUCUGUAACAACGUUUGUGAUGGGCGUCCCUUGCUGAAAGGAGAUUAGGUGGAGCAGUGGGACUGGAUAGCCCUAGAUAUUGGGCUGCUUUGUAAGAAGAAGAAGAAGCUCUCCCAACCCCAGGAAUUUUGCCGUGCUGUUAUCAGGCUUGCUGCGUCCCCACAAAUCCACACAGUCAUUGGGUGGCAGCAUUGGGUGAGUUUCAAACCUCCUGACUUCGUAAUCCUGGGAAUUAUAGUUGUGUGGUUAGCAAUGCAUAGACCGGCCUCUUCUAAUUUGUUAAGCCUCCAGUUGUUGCUAAACCACAACUCCCAUUAUCCUUGAUCACUGUCUGGGGCUGAAGGGAGUUGGGAGUCCAAUAUUCCCUGGAGAUGAGUAUCUUGGUCUCUCUGGAGAUGAGCGUAUUGCCAAAAAAAGGAAGGCAAGGGAAAUCUCAGCUUGCUAAGCUGGCUGCAAUUCCCAGAACUCUUUUGCAAAACCUGGGUUCCUUUUUCAAACGAUACACAUUUCCCCGUAAUAAAAAUCCGUGGGAUUUUCUCUGCAACCGUUUUUGAGAAGGGAGCCCUUUGUAAGUAGACUACGUUGCUGGAGGUUGCAAUUGCGCAAAGUUUGGCUGGGGUGGUUUAGCUGUCCAAAGUCGUAGAUGUGUGGUUUGAUGCAUUCAUAAAACCAGAUGUUCUCUGUACAUGGUUGCUAAGAACAAAAGUUGACCAUGCCUUCUGGCAGUUGGGAGCUCUGUAUUUGUGUGUGUGUGUGUGUGUGUGUGUGUGUGUGUGUGUUUCAGCCGAAGCAAAUCUUUCCUGUUCUUGUUCUCAGAAUUUUCCUUUGGUGUGUUCAAGAUAGAAAACGCAUUCAUCCUCUUUCCUUUUUCCCCCCUGCACAGACUGGUACAUAUGGAACCACCCCUAUUCUGUUUUUACAGCAAUAAGAUAAAUAAAUAGAUUGCCGGUAGAUUCAUACAUGGCAAGAUUAAGCUCUGGGCAAUUUUGUCCCUCCUGCUGCACUAAUUGCUUGGAAUUUGCAAAAUUGAUUUUUUUUAUACUCUCCAGUAUGAGCAUCAAGAGUUUGAUCAAGAUGAUAUAACUGAAACCAAUAUAGCUUGCGUUUAGUAUUUUUUAAAGAAAUGAGUAUCUGGUGGGGUGUGUGCGUGCGUGUGUAUGUGUAUGGUUUUUUUUCGUUUUUUUUAAUUUCUACAUAUAAAUUAUACUUUUUAGUUUGGAAAAAAGCAACACUUGUAAUGCAAUAUGUGAAUAAUAAAAUGGUGUAGAUUCUUCCCUCUCCCACAGGUCUCCCCCCCCCAAACACAGUCCAGUUGGGCCUUUCGUGUAUCCCCGCUCUGCUUUUGAAGCGUAGAGAAAUUGUAGGCAGUCUGUGAUGGGUGAAUUUAAAUCCCAAAGGAACUGAGUUCUCGUUUCUCGCCCUACAGCCUUCCAGUGUGCUUGGAAUUAGCCCAGUCGGCACAUUGCAAUGCCAAUCUCUUAACCAGAGUUAAACUCUCUGGAGCUGGCUUACGGAUUUCUUCCUUCCUUCCCGUUGACUCUCUUUCCAGGGCAAAUUCUAACCCUCCUUGUUUCUUUGGCUUUAUCCGUGGUUCUGCAUUCCACCUGCUCCAGCUUCAACCGGAAUUAACUUUCCAAGCACGCAUCUAAAGCUGCUCUGUUAACUUGGGUUAAGGCAGAUCCUGGUUAACGUUUCUGCAAAACCAUGGCUACGACCGAGAAGGAGGCUGGAAAAGGAGAAGAUGGAGCUUGCAAGUUUUGCACCUCACAUCUAACCUCUUAAAACUGAGAUUUAAGUCACACACAUUCAACCUGGUGCCUUCAGGGGUUUUGGACCACAAUUUCCAUCUGCCCAGUUGUGAUCCAAAACCUAUUGAGGGCACCAGGUUGGGGAGGGGGAACUGAUAGGCGUGUGCACUGGCCCACUCUGGUUGGGGGGUGGGUUUCAAUUCAGUUACGAAUCUCUCGGGUUCCCCCCCCCCCAUUUAACCAAUUAUAUUUAUAUAUUUCUCACCCUAUCGGCAGUGACAGAAGCUUCCUUCACUCUCUCACACACAAGUUUUUGCCAUGUUUGCUUUUAAAGCGAAAAUAACAAUUCCUAAAAACAAAACAACCCCCCCCCCCAAACCUGUAGUUUAUUCGCUCUACCGGUAGGUCACAAGCAAAAACUGCUACAAGCGUGGAGGCCAAACGAAGAAAGGAUAGGAAAGGGCCACAUCGCAGUGGUGUCAAAGAGGCAGAGUGUGACACAAAAGAGCCCCGUUCGAAUUCUGAGUGUCUGUGUUGGAAGAGCUAGUUCUGUCCGCCUCGCCCCCUCUGAGAGCACCACAUUACCCCCCCCCACUCAACUCUUACUUUCUUUUAAAACCUGCAUGGGUGGGGGGUAACAUUAAGCAGUCCCGGGACUACUGUUUCUGAGGGGGGGGGUGUCUCUGACCGGGGUGUGGGGCUCCCCACUUGAUCGAUGGGAGUGGCGGAGGCUCCGCCGCAGUCUCGAUUCCCUGAAUCCUUUGCCUGCCUUUGGCCGGCGGCGCGUCCCUUCGGAGCCUGUGAUGUCAUGCCACUAAAGUGGGCAGGGCUUGCCUCAAGCCCCACCCCCUUGGAGGAGGAGGAUGGUGAUUCAAAAAGGUGGGUGGAGCUUGUGGCUGAAAUGGGCCUCAGGUGAGGAGCCAGGUGGGCGAAGCUUGGAGGUUAAGUAGAAGGCACCCCCCACCCACUCUUCCCACCCUGUCUUCAGCUAUGAAGACCAAAUUAUUCUGGUACAGUAUUACUUCACUUUUGCCUGCAUGCCGUGCGAACCUUGUUGUACUCUACACUGGGACAGGAGUCCAGCCUAAUCCAGUGCAAUGAUGCAAUAUCUAUUUAUUUGCUCCCACCUCUGUCUAACCCAAGUCUAGCAGACAAGAGUAUCCAUGCUGGCCGUUCUCCUUGUAAUUUUAUUUUAUUCUGUCUUAAUGAGCCUUCACUCCCCUUGCUAUUAGAAAUUUCUAGGCACGUGUCUCUUGGUAAUAGUUUUUCCUUUUGUUUUUUUUUUUUUGCCUGGGAUACUAAAAAGUGCUAGACGACUGUUUUGUUCUCGAGGUUCAAAGUGCCAAUGAUUUUAUUAUUUUAUAUUUUAAUUUUUUUGGGGGGGGGUUAAGGAAUUAUUUCUAACCUUUUUACCCUUAACGGAUCAGAGGGGUUUUUUUAAAAUUUUAUUUUGGGUAAAUUCUGAACUUGAACCUAGAAAUCAGUUGGUAUUUUUUUAAAAACUUAGUUGAUGAUGGUGUAUUAAUAUAACAGGAACCUCUACACGAUUUUGGUGUACUGUAGAUUUUAAUGAAAGAUGUAAAAUAUUCAGCCUUUUCCCUCCCCCCUUUGACUUUGUAUUUUACUGCAUGUACUUCUCUAAUUUUUAAUCAAUAAAAAAAAAUGUCCAUUG